AUGCGGCCUCAACGCGAAUAUCACAUUGUUGUUCUGGGCGCUGCCCAAUUUGUUCAGAAUGUCUGGAUCGAAAGCUACGACCCGACGAUUGAGGAUUCCUACCGUAAGCAAAUUGAGGUAGAUGGCCGGCAAUGUAUUCUGGAAAUCCUUGACACCGCCGGCACAGAGCAGUUCACGGCCAUGAGAGAACUCUACAUGAAACAAGGACAAGGCUUCCUCCUCGUCUUCUCCAUCACCAGCAUGUCCUCACUAAACGAGCUCAGCGAGCUCCGCGAGCAAAUCACCCGCAUCAAAGACGACGAAAAGGUCCCGCUCGUCAUCGUCGGCAACAAGUCCGACCUCGAAGAAGACCGCGCCGUGCCGCGCGCCCGCGCCUUCGGCCUGUCCCAGAGCUGGGGCAACGCCCCGUACUACGAGACGUCUGCGCGCCGCCGUGCCAACGUCAACGAGGUCUUUGUGGACUUGUGCCGCCAGAUCAUCCGCAAGGAUCUGCAGGGAUCUGGCGGUGGUGAUCCCAGUCGCAAGCGCGAGGGCCCCAAUCGCCAUGACCGCAAGCGUGAGAGUCGGCGCCAGAAUUCUCGUCGGCGGCCUUGUGUGAUUCUCUAG